AUGAAGUAAUCUAAACACUUUUAAGAUUGUGAUAAAGCAAUGAAAGAUUGGUAAGAAUGGGCAGAGAACUAAUAAAUGUAAAUAUAUAUCAACUAAACCUAACAGUCUAAAUCCAGAAGAAUUUCCUCCAUUACAUUUUACACCGAAAGACCAAAAAAAUAAAAGUGCUUUUAAAUUAUUCAAACUUGAUCAUAUUGUCGAAAUUAAAAAAUAACAUCCUGAAUAUGGCUUUAAGGAGAGACUAGAAACACUUAAACACAUGUGGCGUAACCUUAAUAAAGAUGAAAAAUAUAUAUAUGUUUAAAAAAGUAAACAAUUAAAAUUUUGA